CUGCUGCUCAAGAUGAGGUCAAUUGCCUUUAUUUCCAGCUGCUUAGCAGCUCUGUCGAGCUUCGCCUCCGCCGACCCGAAUGCCUCGCAGCCGUUACUUUCACGAUCCGUGCUUCCUAGCACCUUCAAACCGCCUCAGGUCUUCAAGAAUGCGAACCUGGUCCGGAGCAUAAAUUUGGACAAAGCGUAUCCCCGAGAGACCAUUAACGUUAUCGUUGAGAACGUCGAUUCUAAACCGCAAUCGGAAUACUAUCUUCCUUUCGAGGCGAGCUUGCUGGCCAGAAUUGGUGGAUUAGAGGUACGGGACAAGAAGGAUGCUGAGAAGGGCACUUUUGCGGUGGAGGUAGUGGGACUGGAUACCGAGAGCUCUACCGAGUUCUUCCUAAUCCACCUUCCGAAGCCUCUUGGUCCUAAGGAGCAGCAGACUUUGAGCAUCUCUUACUCUGUCCUUUCCGCUCUCGCGCCUAUGCCUGCCAAGAUUGGUCAGUCCGAGAAGCAAUACGUACAAUAUACCUUCAGCGCCUACAGCCCAUCGGCAUAUGUCACCGAGAAGCAGAAGACGAAGCUCAAGUUCCCUAGCGGCGAUGUGCCCGACUACACCAGUCUGCCUGCUGAAUUGAAUGCCGAAAAGAAAGCCGACCCUCAGAAGCAGGGCUCUACGUUCACCUACGGGCCGUACAACAAUGUGCCUGCAGGCGCAGAGGAAUUUGCCAGUGUGCGGUAUGAAUUCACGAAGCCGCUCACCCACGCCACACUUCUCGAGCGCGAUAUCGAGGUUUCGCAUUGGGGCGGCAAUUUGGCUUUGGAAGAGCGAUACUGGCUUGUGAACCAGGGCGCUCAAUUGAAGAACCACUUCUCUCGCGUUGAGUGGCAGAAGACACAAUAUUUGAACCCGCCCUCUUCUGCGCUCAGGGAGCUAAAGCUUCCCCUGCAACCUGGAUCUGUGGAUCCCUACUUCACGGACGAUAUUGGCAACGUAUCUACUUCGCGCUUCCGACCUGGUAACAAGGAGGCUCUUCUUGAGUUGAAACCCCGUUACCCUGUUUUUGGAGGCUGGAAGUACAGCUUCCGCGUUGGGUGGAACGCCGAAUUGAGCUCCUACUUGCGUAAGCUGUCGACUGGCGAGUCCUACGUCCUGAAAGUUCCGUUCCUUGAAGGUCCUCGCAUUGGUGAAGGCAUCGGCUACGCUCGCGUCAACCUUCGAGUUAUUCUUCCCGAAGGAGCCACCAAUGUGAAGUAUUCGACCUCCAUCGCUCUCAUUGAUAGCAAGACAAGCGUCCACAAAACAUUCAUGGAUACCCUGGGCAGACCCACAGUGGAACUUUCUGCUAUCAAUGUUGUCGAUGACUUCCGCGGGCGGGACUUGUUCGUGACAUAUGAUUACCCCUGGACGGCUGGCCUCAGGAAACCGAUUGUACUCACUCUAGGGCUGUUCGCGGUGUUCGGAGUGACAUGGGUGCUUGGAAACAUCGACACUAGCAUUGGCAAGAAGAAGACUGUGUAA